GAAUGCCAGAAAUGUUCAAGUAAAAAUGGCUCUACGAACUUCUGGACAUCUUUUACUUGGGAUUGUCCGUAUAUAUUCAAGAAAAGCAAAAUAUUUAUUAGCUGAUUGCAAUGAAGCUUUCAUUAAAAUCAAAAUGGCUUUCCGUCCUGGUGUAGUUGAUCUUCCUGAGGAAAAUCGUGAAGCUGCUGUUGCUACAAUUACAUUACCAGAAGUUUUUCAUGAUUUUGAUACUGCAAUGCCAGACAUAAACAUUGAUAUGGAAGCGCCACUUACUUUAAAUCAAAGCAGAGCAGAAGAUAUAACUCUUAAAGAAGAUUAUGGAAGUUUAACUCUCAUGACAGAUGAUGGAUUUGGAGAUAUGGGCUUUGAUGACCCUGAAAUGGCUCGAGAUGCAACAAACAUUGAUGAAGGUUUUGAUCAUGCCAGUCUUCUUCUAGGAGAGGAUAAAAAUAAAGAAAAGCCUGAUGAUACUAAUAAUAUGUCACAAAAUAUAAGUAAUCAUUCAAUCCCUGCUAAUAAAUUGAAUAUGUCACUUGAUGCACCAUUAAAAGAUGAUGGUUUUGGUGGUCCAGUUGGUGAAGGCUUACUGGUUGGUGAUGCUGGAGGUCUGUUUGAAUCUACUGGAUUAUUUGAUGAUGCUCCUUUAGGACAUGUGCCAUUAGACUCUAAUGCUGAUCAUGUGAUGCAAAAUGACCAUCAUUUACUUCAAGAUGAUAAGAAUAAACAAAAUGAUAGUGAUGAUGAUGAUGAUGUUUAUGGUGAUAUGGGUCCUGCAUCUUUUGGUGCACCAUCAGGUCCAUCAAGUCCAGAUUCAGUAGUAGGUCUUGAUGGAAGAGUUCCAGAUUUAGAUGUUGGAAAUAGUGGAAGUAGUGCAAUGCCUCCGCCUCCACCACCUUUAGAAAUGCCUCCACCGUCUCAUCAAGAACCACCUGUUGCAGAUCAAACAACUUUAAUCCAAAAUGAAGAAGAAACAUUUGCAUUAGCUCCAUUAGAUACGACAGUCAUUCAAGGCACAGAAAAGACCAAAACAAAACGUAAACGUAAACUUAUUGUGGAUGAAGUUAAGAAUAUUUCUGGGGAAGAAAUGAAAUCUCAGUUAUCAGAUACUAGUGAUAUUGUAACCACAUUAGAUCUUGCUCCUCCAACUAAAAGAUUAAUGCAUUGGAAAGAAACUGGUGGAGUUGAAAAGUUAUUUGCACUUUCGGGUCAUCCUAUAUUAUCAAGAGCAUUAUCAAAACUUUAUCAAAGGCAUUUAACUACAAAAGCUGUAGAUAAUGAAGAAUUUGGAGUAGAAGAAGAUAAGAUGGAAUUAGAUGCAGAAGCAGAACAAGCACGAGAAGAAGAACUAUCAGGUUUAGCAAGAAAACGAAAAAGGGAUGCUCACCCAGAAGAAGAAAUACCUAGAUUAGAAUAUAGUAAACAAGAUAUGUCAUUGACGCACAGUCUUUCUAAACUUCCGGAGACAACUUUCAAUCCAAUUGAUAUAGUUUCAGACCAAGUUUCACUACCCAUGCAAAUCCCACCCUUACAAGAACAAGAAGAACCUGUAGAUUUAUUUCCUCCUCAAGUUGAACAACAACAACUUCAUUCACUGCCAUUGGUAGAAGAACCAAUUAUGCCUCCACCUCCAGUGCCAGAUCUGGAACCUGUACAGUCAAAUGUAAUUAUGAAAGAACAGGAACAGAAUCCAAAACAGAAUGUCCAACAGGAAAUUGAAUUAAAUCACAAGCCGACAAUGAUUGAUGAUGAUGAAGACUAUGGUGCACCUGCAAGUGUUGGUCCACCUGAAGAACAGCUGGCAGAUGAAACUUAUGAGCAGUUUGAAGAGAGAAUAUUAAAUAAAAGAACAGCUCAUAUGAUGCAUAUCAUCAGAAAUAGGUUAGAAUGUGAUCACGAAAUAAAUUUUAAAGAAAUUGUAAAAAGCAACAGACGUAAACAGGUUGCACAAAAGUUUUAUACGUUUCUUGUUUUGAAGAAGCAACAGGCAAUUGAACUUCAUCAAGAAGAACCAUAUGGGGAAUUAAUAAUAACAAGGGGGCCAAAACUUGGUAUUGUGUAUUGAAUUUGUACAUGCAGUAAAUGUUUUUUUAAAAAAAGCAAAGAAUGAUAUAUAUAUAAAAAAUUGUACAAUUUGCUUCUUGUUCAGAAAUGUAUUUUGUAUUAUGAUAUACUGCACUUUAAAAUUCAUUUAUAAAAUUACA